GUCGCUACUAGGUGUUCUCGUGUUCCCCUGAUAUCUCUAAGUCGGCCUUCCACAACUUUCCCCUUUCACCUCAACCCAAACCUCCCCAACAUGAAGCCUACCACCGCUCUACCCAUCAGAACCUUGCACUCCCCGCUUAAGGUCCCCCACCUCCCACCUUCAAGAUCCAAAAAGGGUCCAAAAACUGGUCACGCCGCCGACCUAAUCGCGCUAGACUGUCGCAUCUACACAUUAAAUCCACGCCCCUCCAACUCUGCGAUCCUUCUUCCACGCACAGCGACUGACAGAACCACACACAUUGACAAAACAUCACACUCAAUCAAUCGCCGCUGGGUCUGUCUAUCUUACACUUCUUUACUUCGCAACUGCGACAAGUCCAUCCACUUCGCCAAUUCGGCUCUCGCCAUUCCAUUCGCUCUGAUAGUGCAUCGCGACAACCGUCAACACUAUGUGGGCGUUCAAGGUCUUGCCCGCCUUGUUCGGUGUGGUUCCGUGGUUCAAAUCCACGGUUCCUACCUCCCACAUCGAGGCCGUCGUCGUCACUCAUCUAAUGCUCGAAGCGCCUGUCAUCUUGCCAACCGUCACUGUCACCGAGACAGUCGGUAUCCCUGCCACUGCCAUCACUCACGCCAUCCCCACUAUCUCCUCCACUCCCACUCCUCAGUCUAGUCGUCCUAGGCCCAACCCCUACAAGUACUCCUCGCCUGACCACAGUGAGUCCCGCUACAGGGCCCAGAAUCGCGUGUCCACUGCGCACGCGAUGGUGGUACCCCAGUACUCCAAGCUUGACUUGGUUGUAUUCCUCGCCACCAUCUUUGCCGUCAUCAUCAUGGCUUGGUGGGCCACUGUCUUCGCCAUGGGCAAAGGCCGCGCCAUGCGGAGCCUCGGCCAGGUCCUCCCAGUUAUCAAUGCUUCCUUCCAGCACACUGGAUGCCGCAUUGGAUAUGCAGGUUUGCUCCUGGGUUGGUUUUGUUUGCUCACCGACUACUGGUUCGGAUGGUCAGAAGGAUACAUCGUAUGGCCAAGGAUCUUCAGUACCUUCCUGUCGUACCCACUUAUUCUCAUCGUUCACACGCAACUGCCACCCGUUAAGUGUAUUCCUCCCCUUUGUUGGAGGUUUGUCAAGACGGUCGUGAAUGGUGUAGGACAGUGGUUCACUAGACAAGCACACGACUGGUACGAAGGCCGAACAAGCAAGCGUCGCAUCGACAAGAUAUUUGAACGACAUAUAUCCGUAAUCACCAUCGGAGAAUGUCUUUCCCCGGGCCUUUACGACACUUACCCAAACCCGGUGACCUGGUCCCAGAUAUUCAAGGCCAUCAGGACAGACCUCCUAUUCUUCUUCUGGAACUUGAUCAUUGUCGUGAUCAAGCUCCGUAUCCGAUCUUGGAAGCAAAUCAUACCACACAUGCUGGAUGCUUUGCGAGUCACGGCGCAAGUUUGUUUCGGCCUUGAACAUGAGGAUGUCUCUUGGAAAAUCUGGAAAGCAGGCUAUGUGACCUUUUUGAAGGGCGUUUGUACCAUCUGCUCCGUGGCCUUGGAGCUUCUCAAGACAUUUCUCGGUAUGGUUUGGGUUGUGCUCGCAAUGGGCAAAGCCGCCCUCAAUCGUUCUCGCCUCCGUUAUCUGAACACACCACUACCUGACGAUUUGACGAAAGACGAGGCUGAGGCCUAUGGAAACAAAGUCCACGAGGCUUAUUGCAAAACAGCGACCUACGACUGGACCCAGACCGCUCUGCUGUUUCUUGCAUAUCAAGCAGCGUUGGAAGACAAAGAUGCGUCGCGUUCACAUACCGACGACAUCAUCGCAUUCUACAGCGCCAUCAGCCAAACCAUUCGGAGCCCAGAGUUUCUUCAGAUCCUCGAUCGAGGUAACAUGACUAUUUACAAGGAUUACCGUAAUUCCCUUAGCAUCCUCGCCAAGUGCGCCCAGGUCAACGUCCGCACUUUGGAUGUAUGGGGACCCAAGGUUGAUGAUGUCGCCACGGCUAUGGAAGCCAAGUUUGUUCCUUUCGAACGCGACGAGAUCGUCAAGUUCGUCGCUGGGAUGCAGUUUGGUGCUUCGCCGCUUCGCCAGCACAAGACGGCUUCGUUCCCAAGGAUGAGUGAGUGGACGGCUGAUCCUUUCCUGACUGAUGAGCCUGCGCCCCGGUCGAUCUACCUCCCGCUCACGAGGAACUUUGCCUAGGCACUGGUGGAACUGUGAACGCUCCGAUCAAAGAUACAGACGGGGAAGAGAGAAACAGCAUCGACAAGACGGAAUCCUCACCGCACGCCAACGCCACUCGAACACUCCAAACAACGCCUACCGUCACCAUCAUCCGUCACCGAUUCUCGCGGACCAUCUCACCACUACCCCUUCCCCUUCCACUUGAACCAUGAUCGAACAUAGACAAGCCUAGCCGAACCCUUUAUGAAGCCGAGACAGUGUAGUUGUAGUGCACACAAAUGUCUUUCAAACAGCUUCUCACCAAUCCCA